AUGGGUAUAGGCAUCAGUGGCCAUGGUGCAGUUGCAUUCGCUGAAUACCACACACACACGACAAGGGUUCAAAGUUGGUUUCGACUCCCACUCGCGAUAUACAUGGAAAAGGUGCGCUUCAGGCUUUUUGUCUUGAACGCUCUCAGGGGCAAUCGGCCACAGGUAUGGUAUACAAGGAACGCUUGCACAUCCUUAGCAGUUUUAUACCAAGAUUCCGCUUGCUCUUCAAUAUCCAGCAGCGAUAUGGUAGAAGCGCAUGCAGCUAUUGCCAGUCACUUCACCAGGUGUGGGUGCAGCGCACGCUUCGGGUUCGACUCCCACUCGCCGCCUACUAAGACAAUUUCAAUUACUCUUUCAGACAGCUCACGGUGGCUUCAAUAA